AUGUCCUCUGCUCAAGAUUCCGCCACCAAGAUCUGCAUCGACAAAUUCGAUGGUAAAAAAUAUGCGACGUGGAGCCGCUACAUGCGCGGCGUGUUCCUGACCAAGUCGACGUGGUACGUAGUCAUCCGGGAGACCACCCCCGCCUUCGCUGAUCCUCGCGCUAGUGACGAGUAUGUCAAGACGAACUACAUUGCGAUCGGCUUGAUGCUGCCUCAGAUGAGCGCGGAUUACCAUGAUGUGGUUGAUGAGUGUAAAGAAGCGUGGGUUGCGUGGGCACGGUUGAAGACUCUCUACGGCGGAUCUCAGAAGGUGGGAUGCAUCUACUUGAAGCGCCAGCUGUUCAGCAUGGAGAUGGAGGAAGGCGGCAAUGUCAUGCAUCAUUGCAACAACGUUCUCAACAUCAGCGCUAAGUUCAGCAGCGUCGGCGCUAAGAUGGAGGACAAAGACGUGGCGAUCCGUUUGUUGCGCAGUCUCCCCAAGAGCUAUGAGAACGUUGUUCUCAACUUGGAGAUGAGCAGCGCAGAACUGCGGUCGCAAGACGUCGUGAGAGUGCUUACGAAUGAGCACAUCAAGAGACAACAAAACAAGACGACAUUGGUGAAGACUGAAGAAGCGACCAAGGCCUUCAGCACGAGCGUGAAUUCCGUCAAUAGGGAAGACGACCGAGGAGAUCGACGCAGCGGCAACAAGGGCCGUGCCAUUGGGCUCGUGGACGCGGAGCAAAUCAAGUCCAAUGGCACGGCUACAACGGCAACGGCAAACACUACGACCAUGAUCGAGUGGCGUUUGCUGUUUCGCUGGAAUGCGAGCUUUCGACAGCCAAGACCAUGGUGGGAAUUGUUGACGGUCAUCGGUUUCUACCAGUAUUGGUAA